AUGGUGCAAACAACUUUGACAGGAGAGAAGGCAGAAGCUAAAUGCCAUUGUGGAAAGAUCUGCAAGAACCAAAGAGGCUUAAAGAUCCACCAGUCAAGGUCUGGAUGCAGUCGAGGAAUUGUUACAGAGCAGCGCACAGAUUUAUCUGGUGAGACGCAGGAGAAUCCUAGCCAGGACACAAACCAUAGCGCAAGGAAUCUCUCAGCAUCAGUCACAUUCCACGACAGCAGUCAAAGCUUGAAUGAUGAGGAGCCUAUUGCACAGCAAAGGCAAGAGACAUCACAUCAGAAAGAACGGAUAGCAUGGCCAAAGAUGAACAGCGAAGCCCAAUGGAGGAAUCUGAACGAUGAUUUAGGAGUAAUUCUAGAAACAUCACUCCAAGGAUGUGUUGAGAGGAGAAUAGAAACACUGACUACACUAGUAUAUAACAUCGGGAAGGAGAGAUUUGGUGUUGAGGAGAGAAAGGAAAGGAGUAACAUCAAGCAGACGCCAAACAGGAGAGAACAGAAGAUUAAACAGCUAAGGAAGGAGCUCAAAGACCUAAACAGAAGGUACAAGAAAAGCAAUGAGAUAGAGAAGUUGGGAAUAGCUUGCAUUACAGACAAUGUCAGAGAGGAAUUGAGAAGAACUAGAAGGGCAGAACAACUCAAGAAUAGUAAUAAGAAGAAAGCGAAAAAUAGAGCAAACUUUAUUAAGAAUCCAUACAACUACACGAAAACACUGUUGGGUGGAGAAAGAACAGGGCAUCUGCAUUGUAGUAAGGAAGAAGUAGAGAAGUAUCUGCAUGAAACACACUCAGACAAAGAAAGAGAGACACCUUUGGGAUAUUGCCCAAGAGUUGAAGAAGAAAAACAACCAACGAUAGAAUUUGAAACAAAGGAACCAACAUGGAAGGAAGUUUGUGAGGUGGUAAAAAAGGCAAGAACGGGAUCAGCACCUGGGUACAGUGGUGUACCAUACAAAGUCUACAAGAAAUGCCCAAAGAUACUUAGAAAACUGUGGCAGCUAUUCCGAAUACUAUGGAAAAAAGGAACCAUUCCUGAGAGCUGGCAGAAAGCAGAAGGAUGCUUUGUACCAAAAGAAAAGGAUUCAAAAGAUAUCUCACAGUUUAGGACGAUUUCAUUGUUGAGCGUCGAGGGAAAAAUCUACUUCUCUGUAUUGGCAAACAGGAUGACAAAGUAUAUGGUAGAGAACAGCUACAUUGAUACAUCUAUGCAGAAAGGAGGUAUUGCAGGGUUUUCAGGAUGUGUAGAACAUACAAGUGUCCUUAGCCAACUCAUACAUGAGGCAAAGACAGGAAAGAAGAACUUGGCAGUAGUCUGGUUAGAUCUGGCAAAUGCGUAUGGAUCAGUACCACACAAAUUGAUAGAGAUGGCAAUGGAUCACUACCACAUUCCAGAACACAUCAAGAAAAUAGUCUUAACGUAUUUUGAUGGAAUACUGCUGCGAUUUACUGUAGAUAACAAGACCACAGCAUGGCAGAAAUUGGAGAAAGGAAUAGUUACUGGUUGUACCAUCUCACCAAUACUAUUCAUUAUGGGUAUGAAUAUCAUCAUGAAGGCAGCAGAAAGAGAAACAAGAGGUCCAAAGACAGAUUCAGGGAUUUUUCUACCAGCAACAAGAGGGUUCAUGGAUGACCUUACAGUAACAACAUCAUCCCAUAUUCAAGCAAGAUGGAUACUGACAGCACUAGAAGAAGUAGUCACUUGGGCAAGGAUGAAAUUUAAACCAAGGAAAUCAAGAUCAAUGAUACUGAAAAAGGGGAAGAUAACAACAAAGUUCCAGCUUAAGAUCCAAGGGGACGAAAUACCAACAAUAGUAGACAACCCUAUAAAGUGCCUUGGAAAAUGGUUUGAUGAUACCCUUAAAGACAAUACCAGUGUGAAGACAGUACAAACUCAGGUUGUAGAAUGGCUUAAGAAGGUAGAUAAGAGUGGAUUGCCUGGGAAGUUUAAGGCUUGGAUAUACCAACAUGGGCUGUUACCAAGACUGACAUGGCUUCUCAUGAUCUAUGAAAUGACAGCAACAACAGUCGAAGCUAUAGAGAGAAAGAUAAACAGUCACCUAAGAAGAUGGCUAGGAGUACCACCAAGUUUUACAGCCAUAGGCCUUUACAGUAGAUCAUCACAACUACAACUACCUUUAACAUCAACUUUGGAGGAAUACAAGGUAUCAAAGAGCAGACUUGUUAUGACUCUCAGAGACUCGAAGGAUAGCAAGAUCAGUGAGGCAGGAAUACAGACACGUACUGGACGUAAAUGGUCAGCAAGAACUGCAGUCGAUCAAGCAGAAAGUAUUCUUCACCACAAAGACAUAGUUGGCAACACCUGUACUGGUAGACAAGGCUUAGGAAUGACACAUUUCCAACAGUGGUCAAAGGCAACACCAAAAGAGAAGAGUAGCAUGGUACAGUCAGAAAUAAGAACAGUAGAAGAAGAACAAAGAAGGGCAAAAGCAGUGGAGCUAAGCCGUCAAGGUGCAUGGAUGAAGUGGAACUUGCCAGAAAGAAAGAUCACAUGGGCAGAGUUAUGGAGGAUGGAACCAUUCAGAAUCUCAUUCAUGCUUAGGUCAGUGUACGAUACACUUCCUUCCCCUUCAAAUUUACACCAGUGGGGACUGAUAGAAGAACCAAGCUGCAAGUUAUGUGGUGAACGAGGUACUAUGGCACAUAUACUUUCAGGCUGCAAGGUUGCUCUGACACAGGGAAGGUAUCGAUGGCGACACGACAAGGUCCUAAAACAUCUAGCAGAAAUCCUUGAUAUAGAGAGAAAAAAGAAGAGACCAUCAAAAACAGAGGCAAAACAGAUCAGAUUCGUUAAAGAGGGAGAUACUGGACAUGCAACAAAGUCUCAACAGCACUUCAUCUUGGACAAGGGCAGUGAUUGGAACAUGAGAGCUGACAUUGGAAAGAAGCUUGUGUUUCCAGAAUGCGUACAGACAACCCUACGCCCAGACAUUGUAGUGUGGUCACAGCCGUCAAAGAUGAUAGUUGCAAUAGAACUGACAGUUCCUUGGGAAGAGAGAUGUGAAGAGGCAUACCAGCGGAAGAAGGAAAAGUAUACAGAGCUGAUGACAACAUGUAGAGAGAGAGGUUGGAAAGCAUGGCUGUUCCCAGUAGAAGUAGGCUGCAGAGGUUUUCCUGCACAGUCAGUAUGGAGGAUGCUACAGGCAAUGGGAAUAGUUGGAAAAGCAAGAAAGACAGCAGUAAGACAGCUAGGGGAAGCAGCAGAGCGUUCAUCUUGCUGGUUAUGGCAUCGCCGAGAUGAUCUGAGCUGGAAGCCGAGUGCUGAUGAGUAG